AUGUUUCACCGCCACUCCUUCUAUGAGAAGGGCUCUUCAGCACCGCGUGAUGGCGCUGGAGCUGGCGCGGAUGGCAAGCAGGCGCACGGCGACGCAGCGGGCGGCAGCUGUGGCAAUGGCAGCACAUCCUCGUCCUCCACCGCAUCCUCACAGCAGCAGCGAGAGCAGGACGAACGCCUCUAUGGCAUGGGCUCCGCCACAGCGCAGCAGCGCCGGCAGGUGCGUCAGCACUGGGAAAAUUCCUUCUUUGGUCGCGUGCAUUACGAGGAAGGCAUGCAUGGUCGGUUUACCGAGGCGCUCAAGUCGGAGGACGAGGAGGCGUUCCGGCAGUCCAUCGCUGGUCAGUCACAUGCGGACUUGUUCCCGCACUGGCCAGAGGAUGAGGAGGCGCCGCUGCACGAAUUUAAACGGCUGCGUCCGUCGCUGCAGCUUCACUAUAUCGUGAACCGCCUCAGCAGCGGCGAGCGCCGUAUCCGCUACGCCGUUGACUUUGGCGGUCUGCUCAUGAUGCCCCAGCUGAAUCUUGGGGAGAUGAUGGUAAAGGAGGCAGACACGCUGCUGUGCGAGCUGGGCUGGAUGAACGACGAGGUCGCCGCGAAGAUCGAAGAGGUCCAGGCGUUGGCCUCCAAGAUCAAGUUCGACUUUGACCUCGACUAA